CAAGGGUCACACAACACCUACAUCACAAUUGGGCCAGAGUUUUAAAAUGUCUGACCCCCCUCCCUCUCCACCACCCGCGGCUUGUGUGUCCAGACGGAGAAUGUUCUAGCGCUGGGGGAGGCUACGGAUGAAAAGGAGCAGGCCAAGGGCAAUGGUGGAGUAGAGCUGCCUCUCAGAGGCAGCAUGAGCUGAGAGGGUGAUAGGAAGGAAGGAGGUGCUAGACAGCAUGGAGGGCUUUCUGCUCUCCAAUGGGUACCAGCUGGGCAAGACCAUUGGGGAAGGGACCUACUCAAAAGUCAAAGAAGCAGUUUCCAAAAAACACCAAAGAAAAGUGGCGAUUAAAAUUAUAGACAAGAUGGGAGGGCCAGAAGAGUUUAUCCAGAGAUUCCUGCCUCGGGAGCUCCAGAUUGUCCGUACCCUGGACCACAAGAACAUCAUCCGAGUGUAUGAGACGCUGGAGUCUGCAGACGGGAAAAUCUACCUGGUGAUGGAGCUGGCUGAAGGAGGGGAUGUCUUUGACUGUGUGCUGAAUGGGGGGCCACUGCCCGAGAGCCGGGCCAAGGCCCUCUUCCAUCAGAUGGUCGAGGCCAUCCGCUACUGCCAUGGCUGUGGUGUGGCUCACCGGGACCUCAAGUGCGAGAACGCUUUGUUGCAGGGCUUCAACCUGAAGCUGACAGACUUUGGCUUCGCCAAGGUGUUGCCCAAAUCAUGCCGGGAGCUGAGCCAGACCUUCUGCGGCAGCACAGCCUAUGCCGCCCCAGAGGUACUUCAGGGUAUUCCCCACGAUAGCAAGAAGGGUGACGUCUGGAGCAUGGGCGUGGUCCUGUACGUCAUGCUCUGUGCCAGCCUACCUUUUGAUGACACAGACAUCCCCAAGAUGCUGUGGCAGCAGCAGAAGAGGGUGUCCUUCCCCACUCAUCUGGGCAUCUCGGCUGAAUGCCAGGACUUGCUCAAGCGGCUCCUGGAACCAGACAUGAUCCUCCGGCCUUCAAUCGAAGAAGUCAGUUGGCAUCCAUGGCUAGCAAGCACUUGAUAAAAGCAAUGGCAAGUCCUCCCCAGUAAAGUAGGGGGAGAAAGCAAACCCAAAAACCCACUUCUAAAAUGGUGAUAUAUAUUUUACACUUUGUUUACUUAUCCUAAAACUUACCUACACCCUCUCCAGCCUUACUUCUCUUUCCCUUUAAAGAUCUUCAUGGAACCAGAGGGCCUCAUUCAGACUUCCCUUUUAUUACAGCUGACAAGUGAUUUUCAUACAGGUGUUUAACUAAAGUUAAUUAAAAACAGACCCCAGAAUCAUACACAUACAGGCGGAGGAGAGGAGAAAAAUGACCAAGAGCAACUGGAACCACUGUUGUUGCAACUUCCUUUCCAAAUAAAAGCAGAAGCGUUGGGAAUGCAGUAACGGCCUCUUGACUCCUUGUCUUGGUGAGAGGCCUGUUGGGGGCCCUGUCCCUUUCUCAUCCCAAAGGCCAAGGUGAGCCUGGGAUGAGGACAAGGGACUUCCUCAGAACCCAGGUUACCUCCCAUCCUAACGCACAUAGUGUGUUUUCUGCCCUGGCUCUGGGGCAGCUGCCGUAGGGUACAAGAACAGAGCCCCAGACACCUUCCAGCUUCUGUUGAAUCUCUUUAAUAGCUGUUAACGGCAAGUCUGGAAAAGGUUCAGGACAAAGUUCUUUUUUCUUUCUUUUUUAAUUACAAAACUAACAGCUGUUAAGAGUCUUUUUUUUUUCCUUUUUUCUUUUCCCGGCUACAAAAUACUCUGGGGAGAUACAUUAUAAUUUAAAAUAUAUAAUAUUGCACAAACAACCAAAAGGUUAAUUAAACUAAAGAAAUAAUUACAAAGAGAAAAACCCCAUCCCAUCAAAAAAAGAUUCAGCAUUCUCUCCAUCCCACCCCCUCAUUGAAGGUUUGAAGUGGAAGUGACCACCACUCUCUUAGCGCCCCUGACCACAAUCACUUUAAAUCAUUGGUGAACACACCAGAUUAUAUACAAGAAUCACCAGAGCAGCAUCGUGAAGCACCAGGGUCUCCAGGGAUUCCUGCAGCCCCUCAUCCCCCCAAGAGAGGUGCAGCUUUUACCAGAGUGGGGGGUGAGAGCCACAAGGAUUGGAUCUGCCUUCAGGAAGAAGAGCUUUUGCAGAAACCUGAUGACAGUCUCAAGAAGCUCACCCCCAGCAUAUCCCUUCAAGAUGCAGAAGGGAUGAGGCGGAGAAGUUGGGCUUACCAGAGUUGUAAGUACUCAGCUUUGAUCACUGCUCUGUACCGCUGGUAGCUGGCUUGUGUCCUACGCUACAGGGGAGUCGAGGUGGGUAGCUGGUUGGACAAGGUAUCCCGCCAGGCAACACACAGAAGGGCCUGAAGUGGCCCCCUCCCUUCUUGGGGAGGGGAAGAAGAGCAAGAGCACUCUUGCAGGUGGCACAGCUGGGCUAAGGACUCGGGUGCAUCUGACAUGAAGAAGCCUUGGGAAAGGCGUUGGGGACAUACCAGCCUGGACUGGGUAAAAGGAGGGAGUUUGGUCUCUAGAUUCUGAACCACAAGGAACCUUUCCAGGAAUGGAAGAUGCCUGGGAGGGGGAGAUUCCUAAGAGAGGCAAAUUUCCCAGAAAUGAAUGCCUCUUACCCGCUGGGACAGGAACCAAAAUGUGUUCACCAUCCCUGUCUAGCCAAGGGCAGGUGGCAUGGCCUUCUUUGCCUGCUUAUGGGUGACAGAGUGUGUUUUCUCGGCAUCCUCCAAGAGACUGGUAGCUUGGCCUCUGCCUACACAGGCAGAUGGGCUAGGGCUAUCCAUUGGGACUUCCCAGCAAGAGUCCCCAGGAACAGUGGUGUUCAGCAGAGAAAUGUAGGCUCUUCUGGUGAGGGGGGUAGGUUUCCUCCCCCUCGGGUCAUCCUAUGAUUGGCACAAGUCAGAGUUCCUGGUUUGGAUUUAGCAAGCCCCUUCCCAGAUGUGAGCAGAGGGCCAAAGGGCCAACAAGGAACAACCCAGAAUCUGCCUAGAGCUCUGGCUGACAGAGGCCAUUUGGGGGACAUUCUUAGUCAGUGUCUUCCAGGGCCGGGCGGAGACGAGCGAGGGAGGUGGGAAGUGCUGUGGGUAGGGGAGCGGCUUGCUCUGGCUCCCCUCAUUCCCAGUCCUCCCACUCUACAUCUUCCAGCUGCAAAGGGAGGGGAUAAUGGAGAGCACAAACACGUAUUACUCCUCUGAGUCAAGCUGAGACCCAAGCUCCCCGGCUGCCUCCAAUUCGGGACAG